UUCGGGCUUUGCUUUGUUCGAUUUGACGAGGCGCUGUGCGAGAUUCCACGCGUCGGAUCAUAAUCCUGAAAGGAUCGUUUCCUUCUCGCUUUGGUAGAUUGAUUCGCAGAGAUCGGUCUUCCUCUUUUUCAUAACUCCAUUUCGGGUAUCGCGUCAGCUCCUUCCUCUCUCACUCCCACACACACACACACACUCUCUCUCACUGCGCGUGUCAUCCAUGGCCUGCCUGCCUGCCCGUGAUGUCUCGAUGUGACUAGGCUGCGUUUCUUCGCACUGGCUGGCUGCUGCCUGAUGAUGAAGCUCUCGUCUCAUCUGUUUGUUUUUACUGCUAGUUCUUACACACAACCGUUUCCCCCUUGCGUGUCCCAAGGGCGAUCGACGGGUGAAUUUUGCUCGGGUUUCCAGUUUCGUGCCACCGCUCGGAGGGGGUAACCUUGGUGGCAGACCGACUCUAGUUUUGGCUGCAUUGUCCAAAAUACAAACCCACCUAUUUUCGUAGUUCGAGCGAAGAAGCGAGCGGGACGGAGGCGGCCGGGAGCAAUAGGAUGGGGAAGGACAACGGCGUGUCCCGCGCCGUCGCGGAGGACGACACGGCGCUGCUGCUGGCGGCGGUGGAGAGCUUCAGGAAUGUGGCCCUGGGCCGGCUGCGGCAGGGCUCGGACGCGUCGAGGAUCCUGGACCAGGAGAUGUCCACGCGGCUGCUCCACCUGGCCUGCAAGCACGACGCCGUGGAGUGCGCCAGGCUGCUCCUCGACGGCGGCCGCGGGAUCACGGCGUGCCCCGUCGACGCCAGGGACCAGCUCACGCGCACGCCGCUGCACGUCGCCGCGGAGACGCACUCCGCCAGGUGCAUCCAGCUGCUCCUCUCCAGGAACGCCCGCACUGACGUGAGGCUCGUCGAUGGCAGGCACCUUAUCGCGCUCGAGAUCGCGCUCAUGAGCAGAAGGGUUCAAGUUGAAUGGUCGCCGGACAACCCAGUCGAGGAUCUCCUGGCUUGUCUGGAACAAAUGGAUCUGAACGCAGUGAAGCUUCUGGCACAGAAAACCAGGGAGGUAGGGGAGGUGGCUUACAGGUACGCCAUGGAGGGGCGUGUUGCUGCACUGGCCAUGCUGCUUCUGGUGGUCGAAGACAAGAUAUCAUCAACAGUGAGCGUGGUGAUAGACGGCGUUAGGACCAAGAGAUCGAUUUACAACUCUGUCGUCGACGAGGUUCUGUCGAUGGGAGACGCUUCAGCUAGAGAUGGCAAUGACAGGAGGAAGGCCCUGCUCUGUGAGAUUCAGCUACUUAACCAAUUCGGUGCCUCGUCAUGGAGGGACCGAAACGCUGACAGGAGAAUCCUGCCCCCUCUACUAAGGGCUGCCAAGGUUGGAGAUAUGAAUGUCACAAAGAUGCUUCUGAUGGGUGAUGUUGAUGUCAAUGAAACUGACCCCGAAGGAAACACAGCACUUCACUGGUGCCUUAGUGGUAGCUCUAGCACACAGGAGCCAAGGAUUGUGUGGCUCCUCCUGAAGAAUGGUGCCAGAGUUUUCCAGGGGAACAAGCUAGGUCUCACACCAGUGCACACCGCUGCGGCCAAGGGCAAUUACAAGGCUCUUCAGUCACUUCUGCUUCACGCACAAGAUUGCGUUGAUACUCCUUCAAAGACCAAAGAAACACCAUUAUUCCUUGCUGUGAAGAACGGUUCUGUACACUGUGUAAAGCUUCUUUUGCGCUUUGGGGCUAACCCCAAGGCCCAGAAUCUACGAAAGCAAAGGCCAGUUGACGUGGCAACAUCCCAAGACAUGCGUUUCAUUCUCAACUCGGCGAAUGUGGUACCAUUGAACCAUAGCUCACUUCAAAAGAACCAUGUGACGAAAAAAGAAAGGCGCAAGGAGCUCCUGGAUGAUGAUUUCGAUGAUUAUGUCAACGAUGAUUUUGAUGAAAGCUAUACUGAGCGACAAGCAUCAGUAGGUCAUCGGGAUUUUCGCUCCAGCAACUAUUCUACUCAAGGGACUAAGAGUAAGAGCCAGAAUGCUCCGAAACAAAGCCCCAAAUUUUCUCGGCAUAAUGAUUAUUGGGAGAAGCAUGACUACACUCGAAAAAUCUUUGUUGGGGGUCUCCCACCUUCUGUGGACAAUGUGUACCUUGGCAAAUUCUUCGCUGCUGAAUUCGGACCUGUGGAAGAAGCAAUGGUUAUCAUGUUAAAGAUAGACAACCAUAUACAGUCCCGAUGCUUUGGCUUUGUAAAAUUUCAAAGAGAGAAGGAUAUGUUGAGUGCAAAGGAAGCUCAGUAUGUUUAUGUGCUUGGGAAGAGAGUGGAGAUAAAGGAUGCUGUGGCUAGACCGUAUUCGCCUGAACCCCGAAGAGCUAUUCCUCACCAUAUACACGAAUCCCCAAGAGUAACUCAUAGCGUGCCAGAGAGUGAACCAACUGAGCAACAUUACGGGAAGCGGCGGCCAUUACCGGAGAAGAGCCUCCCAUCUUGGUUCUUCAUAUUCCGGAAGUGGUUGCCUGGAUUUCUUGUGGACGCAACUGAACGACAUGGAGGGAGGUACCCAUUGAGCUCCGUGAAGAGUGAUUUCAGAUCAAGUUGCAGAAUGGAGCUUGAUCAUGGCACUCUUGGCUACCCUAAGUUAAGUGACUUCAUGCGCUCCCUUCCUGGCAUCUGCAGGAUGUGUGUCGUCCCUGUAGGAACUGGCCCUGCAACACAUAUGGUCCUUCUUCCACCACUCUCAAGACCGAAGUAUGUACCCUUGCUAGAGCCUUACUCCUUUGAUCACGAUGAGCUCCCAGAAUCAGUGUCAGAUGAUCACUCUCCACGAUCAGCACUUACCGCCAACAACACCGAAGACUCUCCACAUAACAUUGACAGUCAGCAUGGUGAUGCUUGCAGUGAGAGUAAUGUUCAGAGCCCGCAUGAUGAUGAGUGCAGCAGAAGCAAUGCUGACAGCCCGAGGGAUGGUGAUUCCACCUCCAAUGGUAGCUUACUGGAUGAGAUUACUGUCAGUACAGCAAAGCUUGAUUUGAUCGACUUACCUUCAGGAAAGCCUGAUUUGAUUGAGUCUGAACCUCUUCCUCAAAGAAUUGAAUCAGGACCAUUAUGGAAGCCUGACUUGGUUGAGUCUGCACCUAAGGUUGGUUCGAUAGAGUGCAGAACUCCUAGGAAGCCUGAUUUUGUUGAGCCUGGACCUACAAGGACACUUGAUUUAGUUAAGUGCAGACUUCCUAGGAAGCCUGAUUUGGUUAACCCAGUACUUGAAAGGAGGCUUGAUUUCACUGAAUCCAGACCUACAACAUGCUUUGUUGAUCAUCCGCUUGAAAGGGCAGCAGUAACUCCAAGCAGCUGCGAGACUGAAAUGAAAUUCUCCUUCUUCCAAUCACAGUGGGACAAGUACCUAACUCCAUAUCCCAAGAGUGAUUACUGCAUCAUAUGUCGUUCCUUAGAUGCUGCGAUGAAACUGGUCCCUUGCCUUCACAAGAUUUGUGUUGCCUGUAUGAUGAGGUGCAAUGUCAGGGCAUGCAUGACCUGUGGCACUGCUGUAAGUGGAGUGAAGUCUUCUCCUGUGCUGGACGCAAGAUGCCGAUACGUGGGAGUCAUGGGGUGCGACUCGGAUCAGAAGUGCCAGUUGAUGGUUGCCUGCGGUGGAGCUGAUGCGAUUGUGCAAUGUUCCCCCUGUAUGCACACCAUUGCAUGCCGAGGCUGCCUUCUGGCUUCAGUGACAUUGCUCAAGAACUGCACAGUCUGUGGCUGCAUGAUUGAGCACUUCAAGUUUGGUUCACAAGGCUUAGCUCCCUGAUACAUCCGUGAUACCGAAGACUGAACUAAUACAUAGAAUAAAGCAGGCAAUCCCACAAUCUGAAGGAGAGAUUGAUCCCCUUUCCUUCGAUUUUCCGAGCAUGUGGGAUGAUGUGCUAAAAAUAGGUCAUGUUUAGAGGAGUGUACUUUUCUUGCUCCCUUCUAUCUUUGCUUAGAAAUGCCUUGUCAGACAUGCUUGAUGGUCACCAUUCUGUAAGCUUGCGAUGGGAGGGCGUUCCCACCGAUUUUGGCAAGCUUACAGCAUAUGUACCAUGUAAAGUCCCCCUUGUUAUCUGCUGUCGUACUCUUCCAUCGAACCUUUGUGAAAAGUACUAUCGAAGUAAGGUGGAUCCUUUUUAGUUUCA